AUGGCUCUGGCUGCAGGUGCAGCCCCCGUGGCCCUGACCCUCGCCCUCCUCGCCCUGGCUCCGGCGCCCUCUAUGGGAGGAUGCCCCUCUGCGUGCCGGUGCUCCUCCACCAUGCUGCAGUGCUGGGAGCCCAAUGGGAUCGACACCAUUCCAGCUCUGGCGACUCAGGAGAGUGAAAAUGUGACAGAAAUCUACAUAGAAAACCAAGCUGGCCUGGAGAGCAUAACGGAAAUGGACCUUGUCAACUACAGAGAGCUGAAGAACCUCACCAUCAUCUUCUGCAAACUGAGGCUGAUCUCUGUGGGCGCCUUCCAGAAUAACACCAAGCUCCAAUACGUGAAUCUGGCGUCCAACUCUCUGGAGCACAUCUCCUGGAGGGUGUUUCACUUCCUGCCCCUGAUGAACCUGAUCCUGCGGGACAAUCCUCUGGUCUGCUCCUGCGACCUGCACUGGCUGCAGCUGUGGCAGCGGAGCAGCCGCGCCGACGUCGACACUCAGAUGCUCUUCUGCCUGGCAGGAGACCAGAGGGAGCCCCUGGACACGCUGGUGCUGGAGAACUGCAGUCUGCCCCAGGUGACCAUUCUUCCCUCCAACAACAAGAUCCAAGAAGGAGGGAACCUGACCUUCACCUGCCAUGUGACAGGGAGUCCGACUCCACGUGCACGGUGGAGGACAGAGCGGCUGGGCUCUCACUACGACACUCAGGACCGCUUCUUUGGCUCCACGUUGGAGCUGGUUCUGCACCUCACCAACGUCUCCUCCAAGGACAACCUGCACAACCUGACCUGCGAGGCUGAGAAUCAAGCUGGGCCCGGCGAGGAGAUGGUGCAGCUGGACAUCGAGUUUCCCGCCAAAAUCCUCUUCCUGCGGGACGCGGUGAAGCAGCAUCACUGGUGCUUCCCGUUCGCCGUGGAUGGAAACCCGGAGACCAGCAUCACCUGGCUCUACCAGGGGGAGGCGCUGGAGGAGACGGUCUACGUCUACACGCAGCUCAUCCUGGACUCCGCGGACGGCUCGGUCAAGCACGGCUGCCUGUCCCUGGACAAACCCACUCACAUCAACAAUGGCCGCUACACGCUCAUCGUUCAGAACAAGCUCGGCAAGGAGGAGGCCAACGCCACCGGGAUCUUCAUGGAGAACCCCUUCGACCCCAGGAAUCCUGAGGGCAUCUUCCCUGGUAUGUCCAUCAUCCACAGAGGAACCUGUGACCUCCUACUAACAUCUGUCUUCUCUCCCGUCAGUCUUCCCCCUGAAGGAUGGUGAGUCAGCUGCGCCUCUCUCUCUCCUGCGCUCUGUGCUGUGGCUCACAGUCUUCUGUCCUCAGAGUCCACCACCACACCUCGCAUCAACGUGACAGAGAACCUGGAGAGUCGAGUGUUUGUGGUCUCGGUGGCCGUCGGUCUGGCUCUGUUCGCCUCUGUCUUCCUCCUGGUCAUGAUCGUGGUCAUCGGCAAGUGUGGCCACCACACCAAGUUCGGGAUUCACCGUUCUUCAGUGCUGGGCACCGAGGACGACCUGGCCGUGUCGCUGCGCUUCAUGAACUUCGGCAGCAGCCCGCCGUCCUCCGACGAGGACUCGGGUAUGUCCAGCUUCGUGGAGAAUCCUCAGUACUUCUGCGGCAUCAUCAAGGACAAGGACAUGUGCGUCCAGCACAUCAAGCGUAAGGACAUCGUGCUGAAGUGGGAGCUCGGGGAAGGAGCCUUCGGGAAGGUCUACCUGGCCGAGUGCGCUCACCUCUGUCCCGACAGCGACAGGAUGCUGGUGGCCAUCAAGACUCUGAAGGACGCCACUGAGUCCACGCGGCAGGACUUCCAGCGGGAGGCAGAGCUUCUGACGGUGCUGCAGCACCAGCACAUCGUGCGCUUCUAUGGCGUCUGCACUGACGGCGAGCCGCUGGCCAUGGUGUUCGAGUACAUGAGGCACGGAGACCUGAACCGCUUCCUCCGAGCUCAUGGUCCUGACGCCCGGAUCCUGGAGGAGACCAAGGUGCCGCCCCUGGGCGAGCUGACGCUGCCCCAGAUGCUCCACAUCGCCGCCCAGAUCGCCUCUGGGAUGGUCUACCUCGCCUCGCUGCACUUCGUCCACCGGGACCUGGCCACCCGGAACUGCCUGGUGGGAGAAGGUCUGGUGGUGAAGAUCGGAGACUUUGGAAUGUCCCGGGACAUCUACAGCACGGACUACUAUAGGGUCGGGGGUCGGACCAUGCUGCCCAUCCGCUGGAUGCCCCCGGAGAGCAUCAUGUACAGGAAGUUCACCACGGAGAGCGACAUCUGGAGCUUCGGCGUCGUCCUCUGGGAGAUCUUCACCUACGGCAAGCAGCCCUGGUACCAGCUGUCCAACAGCGAGGCCAUCGAGUGCAUCACUCAGGGUCGGGAGCUGGAGCGGCCGCGCACCUGCCCCAAGGAGGUCUACCUGCUGAUGCAGGGCUGCUGGCAGAGGGAGCCGCAGCAGAGGCUGGUCAUCAAGGACAUCCACAGCCGGCUGCUGGCCCUGGUCAAGAACCCGCCCGUGUACCUGGACAUCCUGGGAUAGAGAGGCCCACGCCGGCCUUCUGAAUGCCUUUUGCCUGUCGAAUGUUUACCCACGUGUUUGAACCUUUUAACGUCCACUUUAGUUCCCUGAGAACAGAGCUGACACAGAGUAGAGUCACGUGUUCACACUCGCAGAAGGAACCUCUCAGUUUACCACACGUCGUCACCCGGCGCCGAGCCGCUGUUUUCGUGAUGCAUGAGAUUUGAUUUCCCGCCGGCCGGCCGUAUGACAUGGUGUUUUGUACAGUCCAGUUUUGAUAUCAAGGAGUUUAAAUGUACAGAAAACGUGCCGAGUAUUUUUUAACAAGAAACUCACCUGCUUGCUAUUUUGGGAGAGUCACAGCGCCGUGGUGGUCGCGGCGCUCGGGUGGGUUCAGGGAGAAGAUGGAAGAAAGAGAGGCAGAUGGUGAAACAGACACUGAAGAGCAGCAGAAAACACACGGGAGUGGGAGCCUCUGUCCUGCUGCCGUCAAGUGUAAAUACUAAGUGUACAUAUUGUGUAUCUAAAAAUAUAUCCAGAUCUCAAGCUUGU